UCUCAUCUUCAUGGAGGUUAACGCUGAGGAUGCUUUGCACAUGAGCCAGGAGAGUGAAGAGAGGGAGAGGUGACUUACCCACGCUACCAGCAGGCUAACUGGAAGCCCCAAGAGUAAAUCCCGAAGCUCCAAGGUUGCCUGGUGCCUUCUCUUCCAGUGAACCUCUGAUUUCCUGUGGAAACAAGGGAGCCAACAUGAAGGGAAAUGUGGCGCCCACAUUGGUUGCCAUUUUGCUACUUUUUCUCAACACCAAUCUUCUGAACGGACAGUCACCUCCUGGGAAACCUGAGAUCUCUAAAUGCCGCUCUUCUGAAAAGGAAACCUUCACGUGCUGGUGGAAGCCUGGGCCGGAUGGAGGACUCCCCACCAACUACACGCUGACCUACCACAAGGAAGGAGAUUCGCUCACCUACGAAUGUCCAGACUACAAAACCGGUGGCCCCAACUCCUGUUACUUUAACAAGAAGCACACCUCCAUCUGGACAAUAUACAUCAUCACAAUAAAGGCCACGAACCAGAUGGGAAGCAGUUCCUCGGAUCCACGCUAUGUGGAUGUGACUUACAUAGUUGAACCAGACCCUCCUAUGAACCUGACUUUGGAAAUAAAACAGCCAGAAGACCAAAAACCAUACCUGUGGAUAAAAUGGCUUCCACCCACCCAGGUUGACAUAAGAUCCGGUUGGCUCACACUCCAGUAUGAAAUUCGGUUAAAGCCUGAGAAAGCUGCUGAGUGGGAGAUUCAUUUUGCUGGGCAGCAAACUCAGUUUAAGAUUCUCAGCUUAUAUCCAGGACAGAAAUACCUUGUCCAGGUUCGCUGCAAGCCAGACCACGGAUUCUGGAGUGAGUGGGGCCCAGAGGGCUCCAUCCAGAUCCCCGAUGAUUCCACCAAUACAGAUACCACCGUCUGGAUCUUUGUGGCUGUGCUCUCUGUUGUCAUCUGUUUGAUUAUAGUCUGGGCAGUGGCUUUGAAGGGCUAUAGCAUGGUGACCUGCGUCUUUCCACCGGUUCCUGGGCCAAAAAUAAAAGGAUUUGAUAUUCAUCUGCUGGAAAAGGGCAAGUCUGAAGAACUCCUGAGUGCCCUGGGAUGCCAAGACUUCCCUUCUGACUGUGAGGACUUGCUGGUGGAGCUUUUAGAAGUCGUUGACAGUGAGAACCAGCAGCUGAUGCCAGGCCAUUCAAAAGAACACCCAGAUCAAGGUACGAAGCCCAAACACCUGGAUGCCGACACUGACUCUGGCCAGGGCAGCUGUGACAGCCCUUCCCUUUUGUCCAACAAUUGUGAGGAGCCCCAGGAAAAUCCCUCCACAGUCCACAUUCCUGAGGGCAUUGAGAUGCCAGAGAACCCUGAAGGAAAUGGUACCCACACCUGGGACCCUCAGAGCACAAGCUCGGAAGGCAGAAUCCCCUAUUUCUAUGCUGAUGGACCCAAAUGUUCAACAUGGCCUUCAUCACAGCUCCCCAGCCAGCACAACACCAGAUCUUCUUACCACAACAUUGCCGAUGUGUGUAAGCUGGCCAUGGGCACGGCAGGUGCCUUAGCCACUUUGUUGGACAAAACAGACAAACAUGCUCUACCAUCUUUGCAAACCACUAAGACUGGAGAGGAGGAAACGGCAGCUGAGCAGAGGGAGGUGGAGAGCCUCCAACCCAAGACUGACCCAGACACCCCGUGGCUGCUGCCCCAGGAGAAAACUUCCUUUAUCUCUGCUAAGCCAUUGGAUUACGUGGAGAUUCACAAGAUCAACAAAGAUGGAGAGUUAUCAUUGCUCCCCAAACACAAAGAGAACAGCAACCAGACAGAGAAGGUCGGGGCUCCUAGAACCAGCAAGGAGUACGCGAAGGUGUCCAGGGUGAUGGAUAACAACAUCCUGGUGUUGGUGCAGGAUCCGCCUGCUCAAGACCUGGCUUUGUUGGAAGAGCCAGCUGAGGAAGCCCCAGCAUCCUUGCAACAGAAUCAAGAGGAGAAAGACCUGGCCUCCUUCACGGCGACACCAAGCAACUGCAGGCUCCAGCUGGGUGGGUUGGAUUACCUGGACCCCACGUAUUUAAAGCACUCUUUCCAGUGACGGCUUGAUCGAUGGAAUGGUUGGUUAAAAUGUGAUUUUUUUCUUCAGGUAAUACUACAGCGCACAUGAAGUGUACUCUGCUAGAGAAUGUUCUAGGAUGGGGUUCAGAUGAUACCACUAAAACUCAUGGUUCACUCCUCUUCAUGCUCCAUUUUCAACCAGUUGCCUCUUUCUCCAACAGCUGAUUCCUAAACAGAUCAUUUUGUUUCCUGUGAUUUGUCGAUUUACUUUUGGCUAUUAGUUAUAAAAUUGCAUGUUCGACGCAAUAAAAGCACAUUGCUUAGUAUUCUUGAGGGACAGUGCCAAUGGGCAUGGCCUUGGGAAAGCGUUCGUGGUCUGGGCUGCGGCAGGAAGAAAUGGCGUAGCUAAAAUAGUUCAGCACAGGAAGAUGAUGGAUAUGAGGACCAUGCCAUGGAGACUGCAUUGAAAAUCAAUUGCUUACCCUUUGCACUCCUCUUUCACUCUAUUGGGAUUAACCAAACACAACACAUUUAAAGAAAGGAUGCGUGCCACAACACCUGACCAAUUGUUUACAUCACUUAGUGACACAUUGCUGAUAUGCAAGUAAAAAUUAUUAUGCCUGCAUUUUUUUCUUAAAAUAGUUGGGAUUUGUUAAGCGUGGAUUUCCCCUCCCCCCCCCUUCAAAUUAUAUUUCAUUCUAAAGCCUCAAGAGAAUAUAGUUUUGGAGUAUGGAAGUUUCUUACAGCUGAUGCAAAUGCGUGUGAUGUGGUAAAUCCUUCUGAAAUGUUUUCCUGCUUCAUUUCAACAUGACAGAUAAUUUAUUAUACACCCUAGUCUUCUCUUGGUGAAACAAAAAAUCCCAAAAGAAUAACCUUAAUUUAAAAGAUAAUCACAGCAGGGUGAUAAUGGAGAUACUGCCUUACUGUACAUAGAGAUUCUACUUUAAUAUAAGCCCAUAUGUUUAACAAUGUAUUUUUAGAAGACUAUUUUUCUAUCACUUAGGCAAAAUAAAAGUAUUUUCUAUCUUCCCAGUACAGCUGUUUACGUAUUCAGUGGGUACAGUAUUUUCUGCUAGGAGGUUGUAAUGAGCAUUUACAGUACAUAAUAGUAUAUGCAGUCCCUGUUUGUGGAGUAAAUGCCAUACCAACCAAAGCCCACUGAGAAAUGUAAAGCGGAUGGCAUAUUCAAUUCCUAAUACAGUGUGGUAUAGUUUAUCUGAUUCUUUUAUCUCCAGGAUACAUUAAACAAUCACCAACCUAGAGUUUUAGGGCUCCCCACAGACAGAAAUUACUUCUCCUGUAAUUUAGGGCUAAUCUGGGGCCUCUGCUCUUCUCUGGGUGAAUAUUCAUGAAGUCACCAUGUAAAAAGAAAGGAGUGACAUCCAACAUACCGUUCUAGAGAGAGGGGUUUUGUUUUGCCUUGUUUUUCUGAGUAAUCUUGGACAGCAAAGAUAUUUUAAGCAGACUCAUGAGUUAUCUCUCUGGACUAGAUCCCAUUUGCAAAGCCUUGGCAGACACAGAGACAACACUCACGUCAGAAGUAUUCAAGUAAAUGUUUUAAGAAACAGCAUCUGUGGAGUGGUGGGAACAGCUACAAAGGUCAGGGUAUGGUGGUAAGAACCUCCAAGUCACUUCCAAGAGCAGACUCCCCAGGAGGGGUCAAAAGCCUGGAUCUCCAUUUUAAAGAGAGUAUCCAUGACUCAUGAACCGCCUCCCUCUAUAUUUUUUAUUUCACCUGUUGGCAAAUUCUUUCUCUCUGUCCACUCACUAGCUGGACUUAGAGAAUUUGACCUCACCUCUGUGAGCAAAGUGUCCGAGCCCAACAAUCCCACCCCAACCACGCAGAGGUGGCCUAGUGGUUGAAAGUGAACAUACUGCCAGGGCUCCCAGAUUGUAGAAGUAAUAGAUUGAAGCUCUAUUCUCCCAAUAUGCAAACACUGCAAGAGUAUGCGGAACAUUUGGGAAAGUUGUCCAAGUUCAUUCAAUCCCCUAGAUCUUUGCUACUCAAAGUCUGGCCUAAGGACCAGCUGUGUUGUCAUCACCUGGGCACCCUGUGGAAAUGCAGAAUCUCAGCCUCCCUGCUCCAGACCUACAGAGUCAGAAUCUGCAUUUGACUAAGUUCCCCAGAUGAUCCAUGUGGGUAAUGAAGUUUGAGAAGCACUGCCCUACAUGACCACUUCCUCUAAAGGUUAUUUUAGUGCCUAGAAACCCCUCUUGGAAAGUACAAGUCAAGUAUGCUUGACCAACACUGUAGGUAAGGAGAGGGCAUAAUUUUAAAAAAUCUCUUAGUACUUUAAGGUUCACAUGAUGGUAGUGACUGACCUGCAAAAGUACACACAGCUUCCAAGAGGACUAGGGGAUGUAAUCCACCUUGAGUAGCAUUGACCAAGACACUCCCCUUCAAAACCAAUGCAGACUAAAAUUUUCCCAAAAUAGUCCAUUGCUGUCCAAGAUGUAUAUCAAUCACUCUGAUGGUUGAAAAUUAAAAAAUAAUCUGAUUUUGCCAUAUAUGAAAAAAAAAUUGUGGCUAAAGAUUCAAGAACUGAAUCCCUAAAAAACACCAACUAGCCAUUCAUUAAGUCAAGCCAAGACUGUAUUUCUUGGUCAAUUAGCACUCUAUAUUUGAAAUAAGUUUUUUUUUUUCUUGAGUAGAAUAUUUUCUAUCAAGGAAACAGCUAGUCGAAUGGAAGAAUGCAGAUUGGGGGUCAAGAGCCCCGGGUUCUAGUCCUAACUAUGUCACCUUAAAUAGAUCAAUUCCUUUCUCUGGGCCUCAGUUUCCUCUGAAGGAAAUAUUGGGCCAAAUAAUUUCUAAUUUCCUUUUAAACUCCAAUUCCAUGACUCACUGAAUACUUUCUA